AUGCACUCCCGCCUGCUUGGGAUUGCCUUCAUGGCCAUCUCGGCGGUCGCCUGGCAGAAAACCUCAACCUCCGACACAGCCAUGAUUGAUGCUGCCAUUGACAACCCGAAAUGGUGGUUCCAGCUUCAUCGGUAUGAGAAAUGCAACAAACAGGCGUUGGCAAUAUGGGGAAAUGAGCCGAUGUGUGACAAUGUCGACUCAGCUGGCUACCAGUCAUGGAACCUAUCGUCGGAGAUGCGCAUCCAGGCUGGGUUUGAAGUCAUUCUGUACUCGGAAGCCGACUGCAAGGGCAACGAACUGGACCAUAUCAAGUCUACUGAUCCUACCGAGAUCUGCUACCGAACUUCAGGCGACAGCGUCCGGGUUCAUUCCUACCAGGUUGUGAGCAAUAGCGAUUAA